AUUAGAUAUGUACCCAAGUGUUAAUAUGGCGAAUCUUCCAGGAUCUUAUUCAGAAAUUCCAAUGGUCCCAAAUCAUCAAGCUGCAUUUCCAACUUUGAACUGAGUCUCAAGUUUCCUUUCAGACAUCCCUACACUACAAGUGAUUCUCAAGGACUACUGAUUCUGCGAUGCUCCAUUAACGACAAAAAGCAUGCCGACUCAGCAAUGGGGAACCUCUCAUCAGUACAUCCAUCCUGGCCUAGACUCAAAGAUACUUGAAGAGAACAGAGUUGACCCAAAAAUUCUCUCCCUCUACUCCAACAUCAAAGACAACAAGUCUAAGACCGUGAGUGCAAAAGCCGACAAAGUAUUCAUGUGUUCAUUCGGGAACUGCAGAAAAGUCUUCUACAAGAAAUGGAACUUCAGCCUCCACAUGAAGAUGCACUACAAGAUCAAGCAGUUCAAGUGCCAGGCAUGCGGCAAAGAGUUCACUCAGAAGUGCAACUACAACAAGCACAUGAAGACUCACAGUUGUUCUUAA